CUCUUUGCAGAUCAGAUCACAAUAAGAGAAAAAAAAAAGAUGGCCACCGAGUCGAAACGACAGACAAGCGAGAAUGAAGCCUCGGAACCGAAGCGUAUCCGAGUAGGAGCUACCCGUACCACCGAUGUGCACAUGGUGCCUCAAGCACCCAAAGUGCCAAAGACGAUGACUGAAAAGGAGAACGCUCGACGCCUCAUCGUCAUUCUCGAAGGUGCUACGCUUGAAACUCUCAAAGUGGGCAAACAGAAAGAAGGAAACUAUCAACUCUUGAAUGUCGAUGAUCACUUGCAUAUCCUCAAGAAAACCGGCCGAGAAACUUACGAAGCUAGACCUGAUAUUCUGCACCAGUGUCUUUUGACGUUGCUAGACAGUCCUCUCAACAAGGCGGGUCUCUUGCAAGUCUUCAUUCAUACCCAGAAGAAUGUCUUGAUCGAAGUCAAUCCCCAUAUCAGAAUUCCUAGAACCUUCAAACGUUUCGCCGGUUUGAUGGUUCAACUGCUCCACAAACUUAGUAUUCGUGCUGUCAAUGGCAACGAAAAACUGUUGCGUGUCAUUGAAAACCCAGUAACCAAAUAUUUACCGACCAAUAGCUACAAGAUCGCUUUAUCUUGGGAUGCCCCCACCGUGCGAUUAUCCGAGUACAUGCCCACCAUUCCUGAAGACAAGAAUAUUGUCAUUGCCGUGGGUGCCAUGGCUCACGGUACGGAUGACUUUGCUGAUGCGUAUGUGGAUGAUAAGAUCAGUGUAUCCGAUUAUUCCUUGUCAGCUUCCGUUGCAUGUGGCAAAAUUGCAUGCGCCGUCGAAGAAUUAUGGGGCAUUUUGUAAAUAACUAUCUAUCCUUUCUCUAGCAUACCUGAUUCAAAGCAUUCGAAAAGCAUGUAUUUUUGUACAAUUUUUUUUAGAAAGACAUUUUUUG